GAAUUAUGGUAGCCAAAAGAUAGGUCAUUGGUCAUUGAAUUGGUUGAAUAAUGGCCUUAAGAUGAUUGGGGAGAAAAGUGUCUCUAUUUUAGACAUUCUUAUGGUUCCUAGUAGGAUGGCUAGGAAAGCUUUUACGCUAUUUAUAGGGAGACGACUGCUGUCAACUCUUUACCAUCUCCAUGACUAGCGGGCAGGCAGGGAUUUGGCUAGUUUAAAGUGAGUUACUCCUAGACACAUGUGGUGUCUAAGUGAGCGGCAUCGUCAAGUCACAAGUGUGGCAGGAUGUCUCCUAGGAUCAUGGUAAAUUCGAGGACGAUUGGGGCCAGCGAGCCUCAUAUCGCGCUGUUGCAUUAAAUCAUAAGGUUAGAUGAUAACAUUCGUUAUGCCACAUCGAUUUCCCCUCUUUAAGUUGAUUUGAUAAGUAACCAAAAAUUACAAGAUGGUAUUUGCAUAGAAGAGACACCAUCGAGCUUAAAGGAUAAGCCGACUAACAAGCAGGCGUGCUACUAAACUCUUGUGGCCAAUCAAUAGAGAUGUGUUAUGAUUGAGGUAGCACACCCAAGUCUCUCCAGGCGGGAUGGGCAUAAUGUAAGGUGUCCAUCAUGCAUGCGGGCAGCCUAGAAUGAGACUAAAGGUUGAGACCUUAAUAUAUGAGUUUCGUGAGGUGAGAUGAAUCUACUAUGGCUCCGAACUGGCUGCUAACCAGCAUCUUAUUGUGCCUUUGGAUUAUAGGCACAAAAGCUUAUGAAUGAUCCAUGCGGGCAUGGUGUUAGGUUCUUACUAUGUCAGAAUGAGAUAAUAUUCUGAAAAUCGAGGCUAUGCAACCUUCUAAGCAAAGAGGGUUAGCGAUCGGGACCUUGAUGCUUGCAGAUAAAGAUGAAUGCUCGAAGUCAUCUUAAAAAUCGUAGGUUGAUGAGAUGAUAGGAAUUGAAUUCCUCUAUAUUAAGUUUAAGAACCUUAUAGGAUCUAAGUUAGGAAGAGCUAACGAAUAUGCGACUUGGAGGAUUGGUAAUAAUCUAUUUAUGAAAAAAAUAACUUGAUAAAGAUUAAUCUCGAUUAUGAGUAGUCACCAUACUGCACGGAAGCAUGAUAUCGGUCUAAAGAAUGCCCGUGACACUGUGCGUGCGCACCCUGCAGUAGCAACCCGCAAGACACGCACUGCUUCUGGGUUUUUGGCAUUUCAAAGCUUCUAGAAAACAUUCAGUCAGGUCUGAUCAGUAAGGAACAACAAACUAAAAUUAAAAUUAAAAGUUACUACUAAAAAGCUCAGUUGCAUCAAAGUAUACUGUUUUUAUGCGACCAACCCGGUAAUUCCCUCAACCUUGGAUAAGGUUAAAGACUUCAGGUGAAGGGACCUCUACGUCGUCGUUUUCCACUGGGGUUAGGUUAAUUUUUUAGGGCACAUGUGAUCAGAAUCCCGAGACUGGGCCUUAGGGAAUUGGCUGGACGAGAGGCGGAGGCAGGUUUUGGCAGUAAUUCAAUGCUCAGGCUCCUGAGCUAUUUAUGACCACUUCAAUCUAUCAUAACGCUCUUCCCCUGGAAUCUAGUAUAGUAGGUAGCAAUCACAAACUUUCUGGUUACAGCGCGGAAAAACCUAACCAACAUAACGCUGAGGAAUGGAUGUGGCUCAUUGCUAUUUAGAAGGCAAUGCUGAUGCCGUAGAGUUUUGCCCCCACGAAGGUUAUCUACACGUGCUGGCGGCUUCAACGUACACGCUGCAAGAAGGUGAUCAACCGAGCCGAGCUGGUAGUAUUUCAUUAUUCGAUGUUAAUACCGAAAAGGGUCAUCUCGAGUUGCUACAUCGCGUAGAGACUGCUGGGAUUUUUGAUAUUAAGUGGAGCCCAGUUGGAGGCAAUGUGGGCCCUUUCCUUGCUCAAGCUGAUGCUGAUGGGUACUUGAGAAUCUAUAAUUUAGAGGGUUGCCCUGAUGAAGAGAGAGCUAAGGGAGGCUUUCUUAAUGCAGUCUGUGGUGAAAAAAUCAGCUCCUCCAUGUGCCUUUUCCUGGAUUGGAACCCAUCAGCCACGUCUAUGUCAGUUGGACUUUCAGAUGGUUCUGUUUCAAUAAUUUCUCUUGUAGAAUCUGGAAUAGAAACAUUACAAGAGUGGAAGGCACAUGAUUUUGAGCUUUGGACAACUUGCUUUGACAUUCACCAACCACAAUUAGUAUAUACAGGAUCAGAUGACUGCAAAUUCAGUUGUUGGGAUAUGCGGGAUAAUCCUUCCAAGAUGGUAUUCCAGAAUUCCAAGGUCCAUAAGAUGGGAGUUUGUUGCAUUGCCAAGAGCCCCAGUGACCCAAAUACUAUACUUACAGGUAGCUAUGAUGAGUACUUGAGGGUAUGGGAUCUGAGGUCUAUCUCAAGGCCAAUAAAUGAAUCUUCAGUUUGUCUUGGAGGAGGAGUUUGGAGAAUCAAGCACCAUCCUUUUGUAUCAGGCCUGGUCUUGGCAGCUUGUAUGCAUAAUGGAUUUAUGGUUGUUAAAAUUGCAGGGGAGAAACCUGAAGUUGUUGAAACUUACAAUCAGCAUGGCUCACUUGCAUAUGGGGCAGAUUGGCAGAAAGAGAAAUUAUUACCAGGAUGCAAGACCAAGAGCACUAUUGUGGCUUCUUGCUCAUUUUAUGACCGGCUUCUUCGCAUAUGGAUGCCAAAAAGUGAUAUUUGCUGCAUUUAAGCACAUUCAUUAGUUGAGUUCGCACCAAACCAGGUAGUUUUGCCCAAGUUAUGCAAUCAUGAAUGGAACUUUUGUGUCAAGUGGGGCUCAAACAUCUAUCCAUAAAACGAGGGUAUCCGUAUACUAUCCUAUCAAACAAUGAUUUAAUCAAGGAGGACGUAAAGUUUGAUUAGUAUAAAUUUACAAGUAAAAAGGAUAUAUAGGAGCAUUAUCUUAAAUGACCUUUCGGUAUCAGUGUGGUAAGUAGCAGAGAUAACUUUAUGCAUAUUGACGUGAUCUGUUAAUAAAAUAUUAGAUUUUUAAUUUAAAUGAUCAAAGAUCAAUUUUUGAUAAUUUCAAAAAUAUAUAAAUAUAUA